ACCCGGUGGGACCGGAAUGGAGCGUGACUGCAUACACUGUAAUAGGAAGUUUCCCUGCAAAACGUUUUGGAAACAAUCCUGUCCGACCAGCCCCAAAUUAACAACGACCCCAUAACCUUCACCCUGUCUAUGGGAGAGCUGCUCAGAGAGUGAAGAAGAGCUGCAUCAGCUGUCAUGGAUGCACAAACAGGAACUAAAGGACUCACUAGUUGAUAAAUAGUUGAUACAAAGCUAAUCCUAAAGUCAAUGAAGAACUGAAACAAAGGCUGCCGUCCCCUGUAAAGCACCAUUGUUCAGAGACCACACCACAACUUGGUACCUGAGAGUCCCAGGCUCAGAGAAGAUUUGACGGUUAGAUCCCUCCACCCCCACCCACACCAGGCCAAACUCCAGCUGAAGUGAAAAUGAUGGAGGAGGAGAGACAGUCCCCACAGAGACCCUCAUCACAGCAAGAACAGGAUAGAAAAGAGACGGACAGCAGUCCUAUUCAUACACCUUACGUCAGCAGGCAAGCUCAUGAAGAUCAUGGAAAUUCCAAAGUUAUCAGUGACUCCAAAAAGCAAAUCCCAGUUCUGGAUAAAGAGAAAAACAUUGCGUUCCUCUUAAAGGAGCUGGAUUCCCUUAGAGACCUCAAUAAGAAGCUCCAGGACAAGUUGGCACUAAAGGAGAAGGAGUUGGAAACCAAAUUACUGGACAGUCAACUACAGGAUGCCAAGCUGGAGGCACAAGCCAGUGAGAGAGCUGCAGCAUUAGUGGAGGAGAUCUAUAAGGCUCAGAGGGACAGAGACCAGGCUGUGAUGGCCAGACUGCGUUUGGCGAACGAGGAGAGAGAUGAAGCUUUACUUCGGGCCAAGAAGCUUCAUGAAGCAAUGCUAGAGCUGGAGAAUAUUAAACCUGAAGAAAGUGAUGUGGACCUGGAAGAGUUGUUGAACAGGGUCAACAGCGCGGACUCUGCUCUUGCUAUCGAGCAAAGCGGGGUGGCCAUCAUUGAACAAAUUCAGAGGGCCAGAGAGCGCCUUUCCCAGAUCACCUCAGAGGAGAUGAAAGCUGUCAUAGAGGAGAGAGACACUGCUUUAACCAGGUGCAAGCACAAAGAACAAGAGCUGCUUCGUGCAAAAGAACCAAGCCAUAAUUCUGCAAACAACACCCGCCACCUGGCCGCCCAAAACAAUCGGGAUCGAGUGAGCAAGCUUGAGGAAGAUCUUCAGGAAACCCAGAGAGAAAGAGAUAAAGCCCUGGAGCUUACUCACAAACUGGAAGAGGAGCUACAAACCAUACGCAGUGUGAUGCAUAUUCAGGCUGAUGAAACCAGUCAUGACAGUCCGACCUCCUCGAACCAGACCCAGAUUCAGCCCCUGCUGUUCCGUCUGAAGCAGCUGACAUCAGAACAUCAGAGCGCUCAGACCCAACUCUGCCUGGCCCAGGAGAAAGAGAGGGAAGCCAAUGAAAAAGUUCAGAGGUUGGAGAGGUUGGUGGAGGUGUUACGAAAGAAAGUAGGCACUGGCAGUGUCCGAAAAGUGAUCUGAUCUGACGGACCGACUGGCCGUCGGGCGACCUGAGCAGACGGCCGCAUCUGGUGACCAGGCUGUAGCGUUUAACUCUGAGCAAACAGCCGAAGUCUGGCCUGGGCAAACACAGGCUGGAAGUGGCAUUCUUUUCUUCCAGCCCAGGCUCAGAAACUGCAUCGUAAAUGUUUAACCACAUUCGCUUUGCAGCCAUCAAUGAAACUGCUGCCAGAGUUACCUCUUACACUAUCCUCUAUUUAGAAGGUCUUCAGUUUUUUUUCUCUGUCAAUUUUUAUCAACUGCUUGUUAGGAUGUUAAGUCUGGUUAAACAAGGGAAAUAUGAUUGGACAAUUACUUGCUCAGGUACUGAGAAGCCAGCUAUUUUAUGGACCAAGCUAGACUUUUUUUAUUUAUUUAUUUUUUUUUUUACAAAUUGUUUACAGACAUACUGAACUAUAUAUAUUUCGCGUUCAUGUCUCUGUUCAUGUUUUUCCCAAACUGAUAAAGGGAGUUAAUAAAACGACAAUCGACAAUGUAUGAGUCAACCAAAAGUAAAUCAGUAUUUAUGAUGAAAUCUUGUUCAGUACAUACUCUUAAGUGUUAUUUAAUAAAAAAGAGU